GAUGCGGCGGUGAAAGCGGACGAUGCCCUCGCCGGCUCUCUUCCUCCGGGCCAAUGCCUUGGCCUUCCUGGUUUGCGGCUACGUGCUGUUUGUGCUGCUGGGUGCCCUGGUGUUCCGCACCCUGGAGAUGCCCGUGGAGAAGAGGAUGCGAGCAGAGAUGGAGGAGCUGCAUCACUCCUUCCUGCAGGAGAACCCCUGCAUGCAGGACGGCAAGCUGAGCGAGCUGCUGGGCGAAGCUGUAACCGCACACCGCCGUGAUGUAGCUGUUCUGCAGGCUGACGGCGAGGAGCGCAGCUUCGGCUUCACCUCUGCGCUUUACUUCAUCAUGGUCACUCUGACCACCAUGGGUUCUGACUCGUUCAGCCCCAUGUCAGAUCAGGUCAAGCUGUUCUUUAUUGUCUACUGCUCCCUGGGCAUCCCCCUCACCCUCUUUCUCCUCACGCUCCUCUCUGACCUCCUGCUUCCUUUCAUCACCAGCGCUCCCAUCCAUUACCUCCACAAGUACUGGUCCUUGUCCUACAACAGGGCGGCACUUGUCCACGUUGGACUUCUUUUGGGGCUUCUUCUUGUUGUCCUCUUCCUCUGCCCUGCUCUGAUGUUCCGUCUGAUGCAACCAGAGUGGAGCUUCCUAGACGCGUUAUUCUUCUGCUUUGCCAUUUUGAGCACCGUCGGCCCAGGAAGCUCCUCAGUGGGGAGAAGCUGGGUCCCAGGAACCAGAGAAACACUGGAACUCAUCACUACAUGUUACCUGCUGGUGAGUCUGGUUGUGAUUUUUACCUUUAAGGAGACUGUCCUACGGGUUUCCCAGGUGCGUACCUUGAUCAGGUUCUUCGUCGGUCCGCAGUUUGGACAGCUGGAAGGUCUCCAUCUCAAUCAGCUGACACUUAGUGGACAAAGCUUUGAGGAGCCGCGGUACUCCCUGUCCAUCUGUACCGUCUCCUCCGCACAGUCCUGUUCGAACCACCACGGAGACACCACCUGGUCUGUGAGAACCACCAGCUGUCUGUCACACACAAAGCAGUCUACAAGCCUUGGGACAACAGCGCCGCAUGUUUAAGCGUCUCAACAAAUUAUGUCAAAUCAC